AUGACUGUUAUAACUUGGUGUUGGAAGAAGAUACGGCAUGCGUAUGCGGCGUGCAAACGCGUCGUAAGUCGCAGCGGCGGAAACAGCGAAGUGGAUCAUGACCAAGACGCUGUUUAUCAUGUAGAUUUAACCGUAAGAGCGGGGGAGCAAAACCCGUCGGUCCACCUGCAGGUCAUCGGUACAUUGCCGCAACAGCGGCGCCGCCCGGACAUCCAGCCGAUAGGCAUGCGAAGAUUCGCCGACCCGGAGAAAUUAGCGGCUGUAUUUAAGGCUUGCAAGGAGCUCCGGGUGCCGAUCGGCGACGACCGUCUGGAAGACGGCGACGACGACGAUGGCAGUGGUCCUGCGAAAGAGAACCGCAUGAAUGCGAAACCGAAAACCAAAAAUAAUAUCGAUAAUACCGACUCGCAGCGACGAUAA